CUUCUCUUACAUUCUGUUCCAGAAACAACAUUCUGAAUCUUUAAUUUACAAUGACAUUAACAACAACCUCAUCAGAAACAGCUAGCACAAGCACAAGCACAAGCAGCAACACCUCCACGUCAUCACCACCCUCACCCUUAUCACAUUCCCUCAUCAACAACACUCUCUCAGACUCUCCCAAAACAGAGACCCCAAAAAAACCCAAAAGACCCAGAGACUGUAGCAAGCACCCGGUUUACCACGGUGUACGAAAGCGCAAUUGGGGCAAAUGGGUCUCUGAAAUUCGCGAGCCACGCAAGAAAUCACGCAUCUGGCUUGGUACCUUCGCAACUCCAGAAAUGGCAGCUAGAGCCCACGACGUUGCAGCUAUCACCAUUAAGGGUAACACAGCGAUUCUCAACUUCCCAGAAAUCGCUGACAUGCUUCCCAGACCCGUCACGUGCUCCCCACGUGACAUCCAAGCCGCAGCCACGUCAGCAGCAGCCAUGGUUGAAUUCGACCCUGUAGUGCAGAAUUCAGAAGUGUCGGAGACAGAGUCCUCAGAGCUGAGUGAGAUAGUUGAGCUUCCAAACAUUGAAGAGAGUUUCGACUCGGUUGACUCGAGAACCGAGUUCAUGUUGCCUGACUCGGUGGAUAGUUAUAGUUGGGUGUAUCCUCCAAUCGAGUUCUGUGCUACUUUUUCUGAUGAGUUAUUUGGAAAUCAGAGUUUUAUUGCAGAUAAUGAGUGUGAGAUUCUUCCCAUUUGGGAUUGAAUUUUGCUACCCCACUUUUGGCACUACCGUAUAUGCUCUUAAGUUCCCAACAUGUGGGAGUAACAACUAUCAUCAAUGAGUGUUUCGCUAUUUUUUGCAGUUACUGGUCCAUGGGUCAGUUCCUUUUACUGUAAUAUAUACUAUAUUCUCACACAUUGCUUACAACCUUAGCAACUUCGAUUGUAUUCAACUCUGCUUAGUCUUUGGUGGCUUCCCUUGUUUACUAGGAGUAGAAACAGAAAAUGUGAAUGCCAAAUAAAUUUUUACCACGUGACGUUAUUGUAAAUAAGGAAACAUUUUAUUGAGGUUG